UCACCCAUUUUAACUGAUACUAAAUACUUCUUAACACUAACCGAACUUUAUUCUAAAAUUAACAUGCAUUUCCGAAAAAUUGUGGCGCUGGUUUUACUCGAAUUCGUUGCUCGUACAGUUGGAACCAACCCACGGUCGGUGUCUAAGGAGGAGUACGAACGUUUUUUGAAAACCAUCAAUUGCCGAUCUCAUGUGGUUAUAAAAAUGUUUAAUAUUUUAUUUGGCCACCCUCCGAAGAGCAAAGCAGUUAGAGAGUUCGUGGAAUGCUGGAUUAGAAACUAUCGGAUAUUAGUCGGGCCAAUAUUCAAGAACAGCUAUCCAGUCGUAAAUAAACGUUUCAUGUUUACUGAUAUCGAUUUCCAUCCGUACGACAUAAGCUGGUCGGACUGGGAAGAUCUACAAAACGGUGAUGUGAAUGAUGUGAUGAACUCACACGAGGACACAAUCAGUGACAUACGAAAAGUGCUGAUGAGUACGCAAGUCCCACGUACCCAAGUUCUAAAGGGUACGAAGUCACUAUACGUCAACGCCCUGCAGUUCAAGACUUCCGCCCUUUGUCCCCAUUUAAACGAGUACGGCGGAAAUGCCACGAACAGGAAAAUGCAGGUGUGCAAGCUGUGGCCGGACCCUCGAUAGAUUAUAACCGAUGCGCAAUGCAAAACGUGGCUGGAUGCAA